AUGAAUGGAGAGAGCGACUUCCAUCGUCUGCUGUGUCUGUGGUGUCUCUCUCUCGCCGUCUCUUUCCUGGAGUCACCAAAGACCAGUGUGGCGCAGACACAAGGGGCUCUGCUGCAGAAGGAGACGGCUCCUCACACUCUUCAGGAGGAGAAGUCUCCAACACACGGGAUCUCAGUAGAUAACGAGAUCUCAGUAGAUAACGAGAUCUCAGUAGAUAACGGGAUCUCAGUAGAUAACGAGAUCUCAGCAGAUAACGAGAUCUCAGCAGAUAACGAGAUCUCAGCAGAUAACGAGAUCUCAGCAGAUAACGAGAUCUCAGUAGAUAACGAGAUCUCAGUAGAUAACGAGAUCUCAGCAGAUAACGAGAUCUCAGCAGAUAACGAGAUCUCAGUAGAUAACGGGAUCUCAGCAGAUAACGAGAUCUCAGCAGAUAACGAGAUCUCAGUAGAUAACGGGAUCUCAGUAGAUAACGGGAUCUCAGUAGAUAACGAGAUCUCAGCAGAUAACGAGAUCUCAGCAGAUAACGAGAUCUCAGCAGAUAACGAGAUCUCAGCAGAUAACGGGAUCUCAGUAGAUAACGAGAUCUCAGUAGAUAACGGGAUCUCAGUAGAUAACGAGAUCUCAGCAGAUAACGAGAUCUCAGCAGAUAACGAGAUCUCAUCAGAUAACGAGAUCUCAGCAGAUAACGGGAUCUCAGUAGAUAACGAGAUCUCAGCAGAUAACGAGAUCUCAGCAGAUAAAGAGAUCUCAGCAGAUAACGAGAUCUCAGCAGAUAACGAGAUCUCAGUAGAUAACGGGAUCUCAGUAGAUAACGAGAUCUCAGUAGAUAACGGGAUCUCAGCAGAUAACGAGAUCUCAGCAGAUAACGAGAUCUCAGUAGAUAACGAGAUCUCAGUAGAUAACGAGAUCUCAGUAGAUAACGAGAUCUCAGCAGAUAACGGGAUCUCAGUAGAUAACGGGAUCUCAGUAGAUAACGAGAUCUCAGUAGAUAACGAGAUCUCAGCAGAUAACGAGAUCUCAGUAGAUAACGGGAUCUCAGCAGAUUACGAGAUCUCAGUAGAUAACGAGAUCUACUGA